AUGACCCUCGCAGAGGUCAUCAACGAAGGCCUCCCCCGCGCCGCAUGGUCCACCAUUGCAACCCGUCCGGCUGGACCAGCCCGCCUCUCCCUCGCCUACACACUGCUGCUAUGCCAAACGCUCCUCGGUUUCAUCCUCGCCCUCGUACUGGUCUCUUCGUCUCAUUCCUUUACCGACGCCUUCGUUCCGGAGCUCGCUCGCGCAAAGAGCAUCACGUACGUCCGCAUUAGCAGCUUCUCCGCCUUGAGCUCCGCCGUAGAGGCAGCCGUUGCGGCAGCGUCGCGAGCGCUUGACCAGCCAGACGUGCCCCUCAUCCUCAGCUCCGCAAAAUUCGCCAUCAACAUUAUCCUCGACCUCCUCUUGAUCUCGACCUUCCAUGUGACACCCCAUGAUCCGACCGUGGAGAUGCAGGCGGGCAUACAGCUCACCUGUAACAUGGUCGCUGCUCUCCUUGGCAUUCUCUACUUUGUCGUUACGAAUGCUUCGAGCGGGAAGGACAACGGCAUCUCAAGCGAGAGCGCCGCGCCGCGUUACACGGCGCUCAAGAUUCUCAUUCGCCCUGGAUUAAUCACGUUUGCUGAAUCCGCCGUCCGCAACGUGCUCUACCUCUGGCUCGUUAGUACAAUAGUGUCCCUUGGCUCCACGUACGCCACUGCCUGGGGCGUCUUCAACACCAUCCGCUGGGGCCUCGUCAUGGUCCCCGUUUCGGCCCUCGAGGCUACGACGCUGGCUUUCGUGGGCCAUGCCUGGGGUCGCUGCAGGCGCCAAACACCUUACUCCCGCAUGUCGUUCUCCUCGCUGUGCGGCGUUGUCCAACCUGCCCUGAUAUCCGUAGGUCUGGCGCUCGCAUUCGAGAUUCCGCUCUGCGUCGGCUUGUCAGCGGCCGGCUCACGCGCGUUUGCACGGUACCUCAGCGGCAGCGAUGCCGUAGCCAAAGUCACAGAGCAUAUGUGGCGGUCCCUGGACUGGUGCUAUGUUUUGUACGCCGUGUCGACGCAACUGGCUGCUAUAUUGCUCGCAACUAGACCGAAGUGGUACUUGUGGCAGAGCCUGGCGAGCAACAUCCUGUACGUGCUGCCGUGGGCCAUCGUUUGCCAAGCAGUGCGCUUGGACGAAGGCAAUGCCUGGACAUAUCACGCUCUGGUCUUUGGGGGCAGCCUCGUGUUUAGCUUCAUCUGCGUGCCCGUUGUCGUUGGCUUGUGGGGGUGGUUGCUAUGGAGUGGACGGACUCGCCUGCCGCCCCUCAGGUAG